UGCCUGAUUCGCAGGGUGUUCAGGUUCAGCCGGGAGGAGAGAUGCUGCCCGAAGCGCGGACGCUGAGACGGGGCUCGAGAGGAUAAACGGCGAGCACGAAAAGGUUGGAACAGGUCACAUUCUGCCCUUUUCUUCUUCCUCUACCACAGCCUACAGGCAGAAUGGAGAACCACACCAGCAAAAUGAAUGGCCAACCUCCAGAUGCCACAGAAGAUUCUCAGCCCAAGGAGAGCAUGCAGCUGAAAAAGGAGAUUUCUCUGAUCAACGGCAUCAGCCUCAUUGUGGGCAACAUGAUCGGCUCGGGUAUCUUCGUUUCACCCAAAGGCGUGCUGAUCUACAGCGCCUCCUAUGGUCUAUCUCUGGUCAUCUGGACCAUCGGUGGGAUCUUCUCAGUCAUUGGAGCGCUCUGCUAUGCCGAGCUGGGCACCACCAUCACCAAGUCGGGUGCCAGUUACGCCUACAUACUGGAGUCCUUCGGAGGUUUUGUUGCCUUCAUCCGGCUGUGGACGUCGCUGCUCAUCAUCGAGCCCACCAGCCAGGCUGUGAUAGCCAUCACCUUUGCCAAUUACCUGGUGCAGCCACUGUUCCCCAGCUGUGAACCGCCGUACUCGGCUUCGCGACUCCUCGCUGCUGCCUGCAUCUGUCUGCUGACGUUCAUUAAUGCAGCGUAUGUGAAGUGGGGCACCAGGGUGCAGGACAUCUUCACCUACGCAAAAGUCCUGGCCCUCAUCGUCAUCAUCAUUACAGGGAUAGUCAAACUGUGUCAGGGUUACACUCAAAACUUCGACGGCUUCUUCGAAGGGUCCUCUCGUGAUCCAGGAGGCAUAGCCUUGGCCCUGUACUCAGCCCUGUUCUCCUACUCAGGCUGGGACACUCUCAAUUUUGUCACUGAGGAAAUCAAGAAUCCUGAAAGGAACCUCCCUCUGGCCAUAGCGGUGUCUAUGCCCAUUGUCACCAUCAUCUAUAUCCUGACCAAUGUGGCCUACUAUGCCGUGCUGGAUAUGAGCUCCAUUCUCGCCAGCGAUGCUGUUGCUGUGACAUUUGCUGACCACACCUUAGGAGUGAUGAGCUGGACCAUCCCCAUAGCUGUGGCUCUGUCCUGCUACGGUGGACUCAACGCCUCCAUCAUUGCUGCGUCCAGACUGUUCUUUGUGGGUUCUCGGGAGGGUCAUCUCCCAGAUGCUCUAUCGAUGAUUCACGUGCACAGGUUCACACCAGUGCCUGCUCUUCUCUUCAAUUGUGCCAUGGCUCUGAUCUACCUGGCUGUGGAGGACGUCUUCCAGCUGAUUAACUACUACAGCUUCAGCUACUGGUUCUUUGUCGGCCUGUCCAUCGCGGGGCAGAUUUAUCUGCGCUGGAAGGAGCCAGACAGACCUCGACCACUGAAGUUGUCUCUGGUGUUUCCCGUAAUCUUCUGUCUCUGCACGGUGUUCCUGGUGGCAGUUCCUCUCUACAGCGACACCCUCAACUCCCUCAUCGGCAUCGCCAUCGCUCUGUCAGGAGUGCCUGUCUACUUCCUGGGCAUCCACCUGCCGGAGUCCAAACGCCCUCCUUUUAUCACCAAACUACUGCGUUCCAUCACCCGCUUCACUCAGUUCACCUGUUUCUGUGUGCUCACCGAGAUGGACCUGACCGAAUGAAUCCUGUCCUCUUCACUCCUGCACGAGCGUUCCUGAUGGCCAGGCAUGCAGGGAACAGGGAAGCACAGAUGCAAACUGUGCCGGACUCCUGCUUUAUUAAGACUUUCGAGUGGAGGUGAAGGAACUGUCACAUGUUCAGUCAUGUGACAUUAAAAACAAACAUUCAUUUCAGCUCCCUCCUCUCAGGGACAAGACGGACACUGUGGUAUUUGGAAUAUCACACACGCCAGUGGACUUCAUUUGUCUUCCUGUUGCCCAAAGGGAAAGCUGUUAAUCUGUUGUAGCAUUUGUUUUUCUAAUGGGUUUGUUUGGAUUGUUUUCUCUGACUUUACGGACGUGGUGGUUUAAAUCAGUUAAGUGUUUUAUUUAUUAACAAAGUUCUGUUUUAAGUAAGUAUAACUGGUGGUGGUCCUGAGGGGGUUUUCCACAAAGCUGCAUUUCUCAGAUGGCCAGAUAACUUAAGCCCAAAGAUGAAGACUGUCCAAUAGGAAUGUCCUUCAGCUCUUUUACUACUGGACAAGCUUGAAUUUUGGGCUUAAGUUCCACACCUGAUCCAACUCACUGGUUUAUUACCAAGAUUAGUGGGUGUGACAGAGAAAUCAGCGAACUGCAGCCCUCAGCUCCUCACUCACGUGAGGUGUUUUAGCCUUUUAGAGCUGGACGAGUCACAGGAUUAGUCCUUAGCAGUUUUUUGGAAGAAUGAAAUGACCACAAGCCUUAGCUCUUAUCCAAACGAUGUGAGGGGAAAUCUUCUGUUUGAUGAACUACUCAUAUCCGAUCUGCCGUUAUGCUGCUGUUUGGUCAUGUACAGGUGUGUUCUUGGGCUUCUGUUACCUUUAUGUUGUCACUUGUUCCAUAAACGUUGUGGAUAGUUUAAAGCAGGGGUCACCUACGGUCAGGGCCGGUGUUGCUGCAGGUUUUCGUUCCAAUCCAGCAGAAGCACAACUGACUUCUUGUUUAAUCAGUUGAUCAAGUUUUCAAACAAUUGAUUACUUAUUCGGCGCUGUUGCUUGGUUGGAAUGAAAACCUGCAGCCAAAUCAGCCAUUAGUGGAUUUGUGACCCCUGACUCAGCACCCGCUACCUCUCUCACGCUGCCGUUUGCAGCUGCACCUAUGCUCUGUGUAUGUUUG